AUGGAUCACAUAGAAGGGACCUUUUACUUGGAGAAAGAAAUUGCAAUCGAGCCUGAUCUUGGAGAUUUGCGAAAGUCCACCGACAAGGCUCUACCUGCGCCUCCCAAGACGCCGAAGAGGGUGUUGAUGAAGUAUCGCUUCUCUGCCUUCUUCCCAAUCGCAUUUGCUGUUGCGAGCUUCGUGCUUACGCUGGUGCUGGUGCUCGCAGGAAGCGACGAACACACUUUCGGUGGGCAGUACAUGGUGGCUCUGAACAGCUCUGCGGUUACCCAAGAAGGCAGACAGCCAGACGCGCCAUCAACGCGAUCGGAAGGUGUAAAUGAAGAAGCGCUCGCAGACGUCUACUAUCUUCAUCUAAGGACAGUGUGCUCUGGGUCCAUUUCGAACUCUCCAGACGACGCUUCUGACGUCGUCAUUGUAGAACGAUGUGAAAGCUACAGCACAGCCAGCGAUCGCCUGUCGACACUGACAACGCCUGCUGUUGGAUCUAGAGACUCAUUAUCCCCAAUAUUCCUAGUUUCUACGCUCCUCAAUACCAUGGUCACCAUACUGGCCGGCGUGCGACAAGCGAUCUUUGCUUCCUUACUCAUCUCGCUUGUCGGUGCUGGGUUCUCCGCCGUCUCUGCUAUUCCUGCCAUCUUCUUCCCACACUCGAAACUCCUCGCCUACUUCAACAUGUUUUGGCCAGUCCUUGCGAGCGCAUUCGCCUUUGUCGCCGCCAUCUUGCUGACGGUAGUUAUUUCUGGCGUCUUUCUACUGGCUGGCGAGAUCGUCGACGUCGCUGGCACGGACGUCGUUCAAGGUACAUCAGUACUUUUGAUCGUGUGGCUAGCAUGGCUUCUCGUAUCUUUAUCGGUUGUUUACUGGGGUAUUGUUUGGUUUGUGGAGGUUAGGCAGUCAAGCUUCACAAGGAGGAAGAGGAGCGAUGACGAAGUGGGGAACUGGAAAGGCAUUGGGAGGGAGAUUAGGAGUGACGUGAAAGGUAGCAAAAUAUCAUAA